AUGACUUCCACAAAGAUUCCCUUCAGCGCAGAUUACCUGAUCAUUGGUGGCGGAUCUGCUGGUCUAGUUCUUGCCUGCCGCCUGUCUGAAAACCCAGCCUUGAGCAUUGUUGUUCUGGAAAGUGGACCUGAUCGCCGCGAUGAUCCUCAAGUCCAGAAUCCUGACACUUGGCCCAGCUUGAGUGGCUCAGACCUGGAUUGGAAAAUGAAGAUUAUUCCACAGGCUGGCCUCAACAACCGCGGUCAGGAUCACCCGGCAGGAAAGGUCCUGGGUGGAUCUUCCGCAAUCAAUGGACUGGUAUAUUCUCCACCAUCACCUGCCGGCAUAGAUGCCUGGGCAGAGCUCGGUAACCCAAAGUGGAACUGGGAGACUUUCCGACCGUACCUCCAGAAGAGCAUCACUGUGACAUCUCCCGAGGGCGUGCCGCAUCCGAAGAGUGAGAGCCAUGGGAACAUCAAAGUGACAUAUCCUGCCUUGCAAGACAAGAUCGCAUCUUCACUUCUUGAAGGAUGGAAUGAUGCUUUCAAGUCUCAGGGAUACGGGUUCAACACCGAUAUUCUGGCAGAAGACAAGACAAUUGGCACUCGUGCUUACACUGCCACGAUUGAUCCAGACUCGGGUUUGCGCAGCAGCGCAGACAAUGAAUAUGGUGCUGUAGCUGCGGCUCGUUCAAAUGUGACCAUAGUCACUGAAGCGACGGUGCACCGGAUUUUGUUUGACUCGCGGGGAGAGGAUGUCACAGCAGUGGGUGCAAAGGUCACCUUCAAUGAUGGCCACACCGCAGAUAUCACUGCAGUCAAAGAAGUCAUCAUGGCAGCUGGUGCUUUCCACACGCCCAAGCUGCUGGAACUAUCCGGAAUUGGCGGUAGAGAUCUAUUGAACGAACUGGGAAUUCCCGUGGUGAUUGAUCAUCAUGGGGUUGGCGAGAAUCUCCAAAACCAUCUGAUGAGUGUCCUUCCAGCCCCUCUGAGCUCGAAUGCAGGCCUAGAUGGUAUCAAGGCGGGACUUAAAGCACUCGCAUUUGUCAGAAUUGAUGCCGAAGAGCAAAACAAGCUUUUUGCUACUACCAGAUCUGAACCUGAGAAUGCAUCUGAGAAGGCCAUCCAAUCAAUCAUUCAAAGCCCCAACGAAGCAUCUGCAUCUAUCUUCCUAGCCGUGAGAUCUGCAAGUCUCGCUCUCUUGGGCGCUAUUACAAGCUUCCCAUUCUCACGAGGAAGUACGCACAUCUCAUCGGCUGAUUUUGAUGCAAUUCCCACUGUCAACCCCGGCUUCCUGUCUAACAAAAUGGACCUUGAGAUUCUUGCUCGACAUGUUCGAACCCUGCAUGAGCUGCCUACUUCCGACUCCUUGAAGCGUUUCUUCCAACAGCCCGAAUCCAGUCUGCCUGGUCUGGAAGAGAUCAAAAAUAAGCUGCGCGCAUCGGCUUUGACUACUAAUCACAGCUGCGGAACUACUGCUAUGCUUCCGCGCUCAGAUGGUGGUGUGGUAGAUCAGGACUUAAAGGUCUACGGAACAACAAACCUGCGCGUGGUUGAUGCUAGUGUGUUUCCUCUGAUUUCACAUGCAAACCCGAUGGCGACUGUUUAUGCCGUGGCGGAGAAGGCUGCAGACAUUAUUCGAGGAAAUUAG